UGGGGGGCCUGCAUGAGUUGACAAUAGUAAUAAUAGGAGUCACAAUAACUGUUAUUAUCCAUAUUAUGUUUUAUUGAGUUCUUCCUAUGUGUCAGUAUAUGUGCUACAGCACUUGAGAUGCAUGAUCUUAUUUAAACCUCAACGCAUUAUUAUGAACACCAUUUUGCAGAUGGAUUAACCAUGGCUUGGAGAGGUGAAGGAACCUCUCCAGGAAGUCCUCCCAGGUAGGGCUCAUUAGAGCCUCUAAAUUCCUUCCCACUGGGUCUUCACUUUCUCCUCAAGCAGGUAUGCUGCCAUGUUGGGGCUAAACUACACCUCCGUGUCUGAAUUCAUUCUCAUCGGCUUCUCCACCUUCCCUCAGCAUCUCCUGCCCGUCUUCUUCCUGCUGUUCCUGCUGAUGUACCUGUUCACGCUGCUGGGGAACCUGCUCAUCAUGGCCACCGUCUGGAGCGAGCGCAGCCUCCACACGCCCAUGUACCUCUUCCUGUGCGCCCUCUCCAUCUCCGAGGUCCUCUACACCUUCGCCAUCAUCCCGCGCAUGCUGGCCGACCUGCUCUCCACCGACCGCUCCAUCUCCUUCACGGCCUGUGCCAGCCAGAUGUUCUUCUCCUUCACGCCCGGCUUCACCCACUCCUUCCUGCUCACCGUCAUGGGCUACGACCGCUACGUGGCCAUCUGCCACCCCUUGCGCUACAACGUGCUCAUGAGCCCCCGAGGCUGCGCCUGCCUGGUGGCCUGGUCCUGGGCUGGAGGCUUAUUCAUUGGACUGCUGGUGACAUCUGCCAUUUUCCACCUCCCCUUCUGUGGUCGCAAUGAGGUUCACCAUUUCUUAUGUCACGUGCCUCCACUACUGAAGUUAGCCUGUGGAAAUAAUGUACCGGGAGUAGCCCUGGGGGUUGGUGUUGUGUGUAUCACGGCUCUGCUGGGUUGCUUUCUCCUCAUCCUGCUCUCUUACGCCUUCAUCGUGGCCACCAUCUUGAGGAUCCCUUCCACCGAGGGCCGGCACAAAGCCUUCUCCACGUGUGCGUCUCAUCUAACUGUGGUCGUUGUGCACUAUAGCUUCGCCUCUGUCAUCUACCUCAAGCCCAAGGGUCUCUACUCUGAGGAAGGCAAUACCCUGAUGGCCAUCACCUACACAGUCCUCACUCCCUUCCUCAGCACGAUCAUCUUCAGUCUCAGGAAUAAGGAGCUGAAGAUCGCCAUAAAGAAGACCUUCCUCAGCAAGCUCUACCCCUCCAGCAUCUGA